CUUUUGAAAAUACAAGCCGCAGCCAUUUAGGUCUGAUCAACAAAAGGAACUAGAAAUUCUGGUUUCGGCCAUUUUUUGAUGAGUUUCACCAUAUUGUACAUUUGAAAUGUGUUAGUAGAUGGUAAAAGAUACAUUAAAUAGAGUUAAAUUCAUCAAGAAGAUAUGUAUUUAUUCAAGUUUACUUUCUGUUGGAUAUUGUUACUGAGUUUUCAACCAAUUAUAUUUUGCAAUGAAGACGUAUUUACAAAUGAUUUUGCUGUUCAAGUAGAAGGAGAUAGUGACGAUGUAGCCAAUUUAGUGGCGAUGUCGCAUGGCUGUCAAAUUGUUAAACGUAUAAAAUCUGUAAAUCUCUUUCAUUUUAAACAUCCUAAGCUAAAAAAACGAUCCAAGAGAAGCGCUGAACAUAUAUUGAAUAUUUUAAAAUCAGACCCAAAUGUUAUUCACGUUGAGCAACAAAGACUUUUAAAGAGAGUAAAACGGUUGGAUGAUUUAGAUUCACUAUUUGAUGAUCUACAAGAUGACUCCUCCAUGUUUAAUGAUCCAAUUUGGCCAAAGCAAUGGCACUUGUAUAAUGAUGGACAAACAGAUGGACCUCCUAGAAUGGAUAUAAACGUGGAACCCGUAUGGCACGCAAAUAUCAAAGGCGACGGUGUGAUAGUAAGCGUGAUAGACGAUGGAGUAGAUUAUACACAUCCGGAUUUAAAAGAUGCGUAUAAUUCAACACUUAGCUUCGACAUAAACGGAAAUGACAAAGAUCCGUUUCCAAAUGAUACUCUUGAUUCAAAUGGCCAUGGAACCAAAUGUGCCGGAGUUAUUGCCUCAAAGCCAAAUGAUAGAGUGUGCGGGGUUGGUAUUGCUCAUAAAGCACAAUUUGCUGCUAUAAGAGCCUUGGAUGGUCCAAUUACUGAUUUAACUGAGUCAGAAGCGUUGGCUUAUAAUCUUCCUUUAGUUGAUAUUGUCACGGCUUCGUGGGGUCCGCCAGAUUCAGGCAAAAGUUUCGAAGGACCUCAUCAUUUUACUGCAAAAGUUAUGAAAGAAGGAGCUGAGAGAGGAAGGAAUGGCUCAGGAGUAAUUUUUAUCUGGGCUGCAGGCAAUGGAAAUUUCAGAGGGGAUUUUUGCUCUUUCGAUGGAUACGUUAACAGCCUUUAUACUAUACCAAUUGGUAGUCUAACUCAUACUGGAGAGAAAUCUUACUAUUCCGAAAGCUGUACAGCUAAUUUUGCAGCUACUUUUACCGGAGGGUUCAGUUAUCUCUCAAGCAAUAUUUUGAACAUAAAUUUACCCAAUAGGAUAGUAACUACUUCUCUUCAUCAUAAAUGCACUGAGAGCUUCCAAGGAACUUCUGCAUCUGCACCUGUUGCCACCGGUUGCGCAGCUCUCAUAAUACAAGCAAACCCUUUCUUAACUUGGCGAGAUGUUCAACAUAUCAUAGCCUUAACAGCAAGAGUAAGUAGCAUAGAGGAUCGAGAUGAUUGGACAAUUAAUGGAGCAGGAUAUCAUGUAAGUCCAAAUUAUGGCUUUGGUGCUUUAGAUUGUUCAUCCGCUGUAGGUUUUGCUCAAUUAUGGGAAAAUGUUGGAGAGCAGCAAAAAUGCGUAAUCGACCACUCAGGCGACAAUGUUAUAAUAGAAAAUGAAGAUAAUAGGAUAUUUACAUUCGAUACCAACAAUUGUAAAAAUGUUUCCCAUCUAGAACAUGUUGUAGUUCAAGUAAAUAUGACUGUACAAAAUAGGGGCGGAAUAAAAAUGACGUUAAUUUCUCCUGCUGGUACUAUAUCAGUAAUUAUGCCUCAUAGACAGAAAGAUACCGCAAACAAAACUAAUGUAUUUGGUUUUCUAACUGUAAUGACUUGGGGCGAAAAUCCGGAGGGCAACUGGACCUUGAAAGUCACCGCAAAAGAUGCCAAAGUUACAUUUAAUAAUUUAAGUUUAGUCCUAUAUGGAACUAAUGACACAGAGAGAAAACCAAAUAUAAAUUCGUUCACUCCAAAUAGAGAAAAACUUUUAAAGAUAAUGGAAGAAGAAGAUCAAAGAACUAAAAAUAUUAUACCAAUGAAAAAAACAGAUUUGUAUGAAACUUUAAAAACUGCAGAUAGUAUGAAAUUGAAAUUAAAUCCAAGAGAAUUAAGAGGAGUAGUAAAUCAGUUAAAUUAUGAUAAAAGAAAUCAAGGAACAAAUUGGGCAAAAGAGUUUAGAAAAAGAAGCCAAGCGGAUCUUGAUCUUAGGGAUUUAUCAGAUUUAUUGAAUAUGAUUGAUAAAAGAUAUUAA